UUUGCUUUGCGCUUCGUUCUCGUUUCUUGCUCUCGUGGUCGUCGUCCGUUUAUUUUACAAUAACUUGAAUUCAUAACUCUAUAUAUAACUGUAACGGCAAGAAGAAUAACGGUAACAAACAACAAAUAAUGGCUGCCAAAGAUCGUUUGCCCAUAUUUCCAUCUCGCGGUGCACAAACAUUGAUGAAAUCCCGUCUGGCGGGCGCCACAAAGGGCCAUGGACUACUUAAAAAGAAGGCGGAUGCUUUACAAAUGCGUUUUCGCAUCAUUCUGGGCAAGAUCAUCGAGACCAAAAUGCUGAUGGGUCAGGUGAUGAAGGAGGCGGCUUUCUCGCUGGCUGAGGUCAAAUUCACCACCGGCGACAUCAAUCAGAUUGUGCUGCAGAAUGUGACCAAAGCGCAGAUCAAGAUACGCACCAAAAAGGACAAUGUGGCCGGUGUGACCUUGCCGCUGUUCGAGCCCUAUCAGGAUGGCGUUGAUACCUAUGAGUUGGCCGGUCUCGCUCGCGGUGGCCAACAGUUGGCCAAGCUGAAGAAGAACUAUCAGAGUGCUGUGCGUCUGCUGGUGGAGUUGGCAUCGUUGCAGACAUCGUUUGUCACCCUCGACGAUGUCAUCAAGGUGACCAACAGGCGUGUCAAUGCCAUCGAGCACGUGAUUAUACCGCGCAUCAAUCGCACCAUUGAGUACAUCAUCAGUGAGCUGGAUGAGCUGGAGCGCGAGGAGUUCUAUCGCUUGAAGAAGAUACAGGAUAAGAAGCGUGAGGCACGCAAGUGUGCGGAUCGUGCCAGGGAGGAGCUGCGUCGCCAGGGCUACAAUGUCACCACCAGCGAGGAGGCUCAGAAUAUCCUAGAGAACGAUGGCGAUGAGGAUCUCUUGUUUUAGUUCUAGGCACGAUCCAAACAACAAAACUUCCCUUCCCAAGAAAACACUACCUCAUCCUCCUCUCCUAUCAAUGUACCGUUGAACAUUUGAACACACACAGUUUUUUCCCCCGUUUAAUUUUCCCGUAUAUGUAAUACCCGGUAUCUGUGAAAUGCUAGGGUAUAAUGACAUUGUGUGAAUUGCAAGGGCAUAUAACAUAUAUAUUCUUGAUUACUUUCAACAGUCCGUCUGUCUGAAAAUACUUUUAUUAAUCUUCUCACAACUAAAAAUAUCUUUGUUAAUCUUUCUCUGUUUUUUUUUUGUUCUUAUUUCAACAUAUUCUUGUUUAUCACCGUGGCCUAGGUACCGAGUAUUUUCACAGUCGGACCGACCCGCUUUCGACUGCAGCUUUCUGUUUUCUGUUGCUUUCUGAGAUGUGCUCUAAUAUCUGUUGUGGUUUCUGUGGUUGAUGCCUUGUUGUUGUUAUUGCUGAAAAUACUAUACAUUUGUAUGUUAUAUAUUAUACCCAUCUAUAUCUCGCAAUGUAUGUACUAUAUAUCUUAUAUCUUACUACGUUUUUGUAUUUUUUUUUUGCCGUGUGCCUCUCUCAAGCGAGAUGCUUGAUGAAAACCAAUUGUUAAUUUGCUGCUAAAUUUAUGUUUUAAUUGUGCAAAGCCAACAAAAUGAAA